GACUCACGUGUAGCCUGCACCAGCACAAAGUCCGUAUGCUGCCUGCUCUAUAUGUGGCACUGGAGCGGCUUUAGGAAUCCAGUCCAAAUGUUUUCCAUAUUAGUUCAGAGCCUUCUCUGUUUCCAAAUAGCAACUGAGCUGGGCUUAUGGUGAGAGGAGGCCUCAGCAGGGAGGGGAAGGGAAAGGGGAGAGAGGCAGACGGCAGGCAGGAUCAUCCACCCCAAACACUGCAACAGUAAAAAGUCGAGAGGAAAGAGAGGGAAAGAGUGUGAAGACAGGAGGAGAAAUGGGGCAGGGGCAGAAAGGUUCCUCAGACAAGAAGGAGGGCAAGAAGAAGAGAGAUGAAAGUCCAGCACCAGAAGACGGCAAUAAGUGCAGAGGCUGUCGCUUCCCUCUGCUCGUCGCCCUGCUCCAGCUGCUGUUGGGGGUGGCCGUCACAGCCGUGGCCUUCCUCAUGUUGGCCAUCAGCCCCUCACUCCUGACCAGGGAGACGCCACACUGGGCUGGGAUCAUUCUGUGUUUAGUUUCCAUCCUGGGCUUCAUCCUGUACUGUAUCACCUACGUCCCUGAUGAAAGGACAUCUAUGCAAUUCAUCUUCAAGCUCCUCUACUUUGUCCUGUGUACAAUUGGCCUGGUCAUUUCGGUGUUGGUUAUGGCGUUCGCUGGACAUCACUACUCACAGACCAAUAGCUUCACCUGUGAGCAGGUGGGAGAGGACUGCGUGUGCAAACUGGAUCAGGAUGACCCAAUAGCCCGCACCUUCACCUACGAAGGGGUUGGUGACUGUGAGGUGAUCACGGGGACACUCACGCUGUACUUCUUGAUCCAGAUCAUUCUGAACCUGGCCCAGGCGCUUGUCUGUGCCGUCGGUGCCUUCAUCAUGUGGAAGCACCGUUACCAGGUUUUCUUUGCUGGGCUUCAGAUUGGCUCUCCCUCCACCCAGAACUGGCAGAAGGUUUAAUGUGAUGAAGACAGAGUUGAUGCGAUGACUCUGAUCAGUCAGGUCAAGGUGGAGAUCAAUGCCAACUGUGUGAUUUUUGAAGGACAGGAGACAUUUGCUUUUUUGGUGUGCUUUUUUUUUUUUUUUUUGAUGUCAACCUUUUGUGGUAGUUGUAGUUUUUUUGCACAAAUUUUAUAUACCAUAUAAGUAACUUUGUACUUCCAGUUGCAGAUAUUAUAAAAACAACUAUAGAUGAAGAGGAGCAAAACAACUGGUGCGUUUUUUAAAAACUAAACCAAUUAUUUGUGCUCCACAAUAAUGAAUCCUUCACAUCAUUUCUAAUUAUCCUGACAUUUGCUCUUGAGGCAUUUAGCUUAUAUACAAUUGUGAGACAAUUGAUGAGACAAAUUAUAAGCACAACACAUAUUUGUUUUGCACUUAAGUCCCAAAAUGUACAGUGUUGGAAAAAAUGUCAUUUGGUUUGAGCUACUGAGAUUUAAUGAUCAUGAUUAGUUACUUCAGCAGUGCUUAAGAUGAAACACUGAAUCACUGUUUUCAAAUAAUGGUUUUGAAAUCUAAAAUGACAUGGCCUCAGGAAUCAGUAUUCACACAGUAAAAAGGUCAAAUAUUGACUAAACACAGCGGCAAAUAUUUCUAAUACAUCCUUCUUUUAUCUUAAUUUGGUGAAAAAAAUACUUUCUUUAAAGGUUUAUUGCUUUACAAUCAGACAAUUGUAUAAUAUUUAAGUUUUUAAAUCUAUAUUGUUUGCAUUAACUAAUUUUCCUGUUGUUUGUCACACACCAAAAAAGCAAUUAGGUGGAUUAAUUCCAAUAAAUAACCAGUUUUGUUUUAUUUACUACUACAAGAACUUGUGCGCCUCGGUACAUAUUGCGUAAAAUCCCUGUGGAAAAACAACAGCAAACUAUUUUUCAGCUGAUUGAGGUGAACACAGUAAAACUUCAGACAGUCCAGUUAUGUGCAGUUAGAACUGAUCCUGCCAGUAACACAACACAGCAGUAACACAAUCUGAGCAGACUACACUUCAUGAGACUGGAUCCAGACUGAACUGGGCUGUGGCUUGCGAAGGUGGAUGCCAGGCCAAUGGCCAGCAUGACUCAAACAGGAAUCAAACUACUGCAGCCACAAAGGGUGGGG